GCAAAUGAAGAAAGCAUAGGGGUUGUACUGUGACCAUAGUUUUCUAAUUUCUAUCAAUCCCUCUCUGUCAAAACCCUGUUUCUCAGGUUUUCUUUGUUUUAAGAUAGUAUCAUAGGAAGAAGAAGACAGAAUAAUUAAAAACGGGAGACAGAAAUAAUAACAGAGACAUAAAUAUAUUGGGGCCAUUAUUGAAGCCACACGAAGUAUCUCACCGGCGAUGUAUACAACUUCUAGAAAUUCAGACCGGUGAAUCGAAACCCUAAAAGUCUCAUUUUUAGAGGCAGUAGUAACUUUGUAGGUGAUGAUGGCAAUCGAACUAGUUUGAUUAUCUCACGUGGAUGAGGUAAAAGUUUCUAUAUAAGCAAGGUUGUCGACUCAUGGAGCUUAAAGUUUCAUCGCCAAAGCCGGUUUUUUCAACCUCUGAUUGCAAUAGUGAUCCCGAGGAGAAAGAAAUUAGUGAAGACGACGAUGAUGAUCGUAAUCAUAAACAUCGUAGAAAGGAUACACGUUCACAAUCUACAGAGACAGAGGCUCUUGAACCAGCUUUAAGGAGACCAUUCAGGAAACGGAACAAGCCGUUUGAAAAUGGACAUCCUUACCAGGAAGGAGAUUCUCACUCGAGUGAUACUAGGUUUGGGAAAAGACGAGGAAUGGGUUCUUUUUCCAGGACACCUUCAGAUUCGUAUCAGAUGAUGAGGCUAAAUCAGUCCCUGUCUGGUCAUGCUGCUCCUGGUAGGGGUCGAGGAAGAGAAUCUGGUGCUUGGGGUCCGUGUGAAUCUAGGUUCAGCACUAUUGAUAUUGCGUCUCAAUUUGUUCCACAAGGCCCUAUUAAUCCUCUUCUUUAUACUGGAAGGGGGCCGCAAAAUGUUUCCAGUGGACAGGGUGCGUCUUGGAAUGCGUUUGGAAUAGUUCCAGGAAUACCCAAUGGUGGUCUUGAUACACUUCAUACCCUUGGCUUACAGGGAAGGCUUAGAACGUCCUUGAAUCCUGCCAUGAGUAUGGGCAUUCCAAGGCAAAGGUGUAGAGACUUUGAGGAGCGUGGUUUUUGCCUAAGAGGAGAUAUGUGCCCUCUGGAGCAUGGAGUAAAUCGCAUCGUUGUUGAAGAUGUUCAGAGCCUUUCUAAGUUUAAUCUUCCUGUUUCACUUCCCGGUGCUCAUACGCUGGGACCAGCUACUGCACAAGGACCUUUACCUGCAAUAAGCCCCUCAAGCUCAUUGGCUAAUAAAGCUUUACAUAACAAAAGUAUCAACCCUCCAGUAAUUGACAAUGGAUUAGGUUUGACUGAUACUUUUGGUGGUGGUUCUGUGUCUGGGGGAGCUGAUUUCUAUGAUCCUGAUCAGCCUUUAUGGUCAAAUGAUCAUCCUGAAAAUUCAGCAGCACUCUUGGAUGUAAAUCGGUCUAAAAUUGAUGAUACGGGGCCGAUGCUGGAUGCAGACUCCUCUGAUCAGGAUCAGGUUGCGCUUUGUGAUGGCUUUAAACUUGAGCGUCUAGUUAGAGAUGCUGGAGCAGCUUCAGGAUCUCAAAGUGUGUGGGAAAGAACCAGUAGGUCUAAACAUAAGUUGCAAUCAUUCAACAGCACUCAGGGUAUAAACCGUCAUGGUAAGCAAACAAAUGUAGAUACCAUAGACCCGCAAAUGGUGGAAUCAUCUUCAGAGCCCCAAAGUAGUUCUGGACGCAAUAUGCGAAAACCAUCUCAAAAGGCACUCCGUACUCUAUUUGUAAGUGGGGUUCCGCAGAAAGACAACAAACCAGAAGCUCUUCUUUCACAUUUUCAAAAAUUCGGGGAGGUUAUCGACAUUUACAUCCCGAUGAAUGGUGAACGAGCUUUUGUUCAAUUUUCUAAGAGGGAAGAAGCUGAGGCUGCUUUAAAAGCACCAGAUGCUGUGAUGGGCAACCGCUUUAUAAAGCUUUUCUGGGCAAACAGGGAUAGCAUUAUGGAUAAUGGAACAAGUGGUAGUAGUAUUUUUCCAUUAGCUCCCCGCGGUGGGACACCCAGUACGGUUCCACCCCAUCUAUUGUUUCCUCAUAAAAGGAAAGACAAUCUGCAGACUGUAGCCGGAAAAACUGCUGAACAAGCCUGUGGCUCCGUUACUGUUGCUCCGUUAGCCACCUCUGAUCUGCCCAAGCCUGUGGCUCAGAAUGGUCUCAAAACUACACCACCUUUGAAGAAAAAACUGGAGACGUUAGAACUUCUGAAGGAAGAAAUGCGCAAGAAGCAGGAGAUGCUUGAGCAAAAGCGUAAUGAGUUCCGACGCAAGUUGGAUAAACUUGAGAAGCAAGCUGUGGGUGUGAAAGAUGAAGCAGCGCCAGAUCAGGCUAUGAACAAACCAAAGGGUGGAGGAACAGUUUCCAACUCUGGUAAAGUGGAAAAUUCAAGCCCCGUAGAACCUAGUAACACUGUGUCAUCACCACCAUCUGAAGCAACACCAGAUAGUAGCAGAUCUACAGAGAAUGCCGAACCCACUUGUUCAAAGUUAUCUUUGACUGUUGCAAUGCAUGAAGCUUCAAACUUGAAGCAGUCAAUUCGUCCAUUGGCACCGGUGGGCGCACCUUUUAUCUUAAAUAGAUACAAACUAGAUAACCGGCCCACCACAUUCAAGAUCCUUCCACCUCUACCAAGUGCUCUGGCAAACGUUGACGUCCUGAAGGAGCACUUUUCUACUUUUGGUGAUCCACCUUCUGUUGAGCUGGAAGAUUUGGAACCUAAAGAUUGUAAUGAUGGCUCAGAAGUGCAAAAUACAUCUGCUAGGAUAUCUUUCCGAUCACGUCGUUCUGCUGAAAGAGCAUUUCUGAAUGGUAAAUCCUGGCAAGGCCAAAUUCUGCAGCUUAUGUGGGUGCAAUCCAGUAAUCCUGCAAAGGAUGUUGGUGUUGGAGAAAAUGUCACUCCAGCUUCAAAGCAGCCUUCAGAUGCUAAUGGGCAAUCCAAUGCAAGAAAUGGCGUGGCUGGUCUACCGGAAGGAAGUGUGGCCGGGAACCAUGAACCUGACAAUCAAGGAAGAAGAGAAGAUGAAUGAGAUUCAAGUCAAGCUCAGCUUCUGCGUCUGGUUAACAGUUAGUUCAAUGUGAUUGAUCAUGAUGAUGGCCUGAUUUUCGGAGUUGUACAGCGAGAUAAAUUUUUAAACCAUUUAUAUGUAACUUAGGAGUUAUUAGUAAUCAACAAAUUUCAGUUUCAAUUUUGCUUUCACAUUAUCUGCAAAUGUAAAGAAGAAUUUUUUGAUUCUAAACCAGCAGUCCUGUUGGUAAGCUGUACUGAAUUAUCUUGAGUAACUGGAUGCUCAGACAGAGUCUAGGAUUUACUGCAGUUCUUAAAAGAAAAGAAAAACAGAAUUAUGAA